UCUAAUUACUGUCGUGAGAUAACAGCUCGUAGAAUUUUCAUUUAACACUUUAUUAAUUUAACCAAGAACUUAAUAAUAGAUUAGAUUAAAAAUAACUUAAAGAUGUCAGGAGCAUCCGAAGAAUUUGAUGAAAACGAGAUUGGUGGUUUUUUGGUUGAGGAAAAAACAAAAUAUUACGAAUCGCCUGCAAAUUCAAUCUCAUUAAAGGGAGAACUACCCGAGGCACAGGACUACAAAGUCUAUGACUAUCCUCAGCAAGAGAUUGAGCGUAUCCGUGAUAGAAGAGAGAGUGACUUUAUUCCUAUGAAAGAAGAUUCUUCGCAGGAGAAGUUUCUUAUGCCGCUUUACUGUAUUACUGCUAUUUUCGCCGGUAUAAUGAUAGUUGGGCCGUUUUUAGUAAAGCGAGGACCUAAUAGAGGAAUCAUUCAAGCCAGCAUCUUGCUUACAGCAUUUUGUAUGUGGAUUUUCUGGUUCACAAUAUACUUUGGCACAAUGAAUCCACUAAUGGGACCGCGUCUAGAAAAUACGACUGUAGCUUGGAUCGCAUACAAAUUGGGUAAACCAUUCAAUACGACUUGAAGCUUGACAGUUAUAGAAAGUCGAAAUUAUUUUAUUAGUUAGUAAAAAAUGUUGUUAGUCCAGAAGAAAUUAAUUUUAAGUUUUAUUUUGUUAAUAACAUGU